UCGGCUGGGAGGGAUGUGAUGGCGCGCGCUGGGUGGGAGGCCAAGUUUCGGCCGGGCGUUUUCGUUAGUUUCGUGCACAUUUUUGCCACCGCGCGUUGGCUGCCGCUGAAACAAAUUUUUCGGCGCGUUUUUUCUUUCCUUGCCUAUUUAAGCAUGCAGCGCUCUCGUCCAGCCAUCUUCCUCAUCCAGAAUCAUAACCAACCAAGCACACUUGCUAGAAUGGCUGGUCUCGACCUGAAUGGUCCACUAGAGGAAGAAGCCUAUACUCCUGAUUUUGAUUUGAACUUACCUCUAGAUGAGUUUGGCGGGAUUGAUUUCGACUUCGUUCAAAACAUGACUGCUCCUUCAUCCAGCGCUCAUGCAAAUCAAAUGGAAGACAACUCCAGACAUGCUAGCUCGGAACUCAACCAGCCAGAUGACAACGGCAAUACUCCCUCCGUAACUUUGGACCUGAACCAGCCUAUUAUGGUGGAUGACAACUACAAUGGUGAGCCUGCGAGUCCAGCGUCAUGCCGUCCGCGGCGACCUCCUGCGAAUCCGACACCACCUCCAUGGAGUCCGGCGGGGGCUCCAGCAACUCCGGCAUGA